GUAAAAGACACCGGAUUAAGUCAAAUUCAAAUGUUCCAUGUGUCCCGAAAGACUUGUUGAUGAUGUCAGAAUUAGUUCUUCCACAGUUCAUCUUUAGUCUUAUUCAGCACUUAAGAGAGGGGUAUAAUGAGCCUGCUCUUGAUCUGCCAUCAGAGAAAGACCUUCAUAAAAUCCUCCAGGUUUUGGAGCCUCAUGUUUCCUUUCUAGAAGACUUGACCAAAAUGGGAGGAGCAAUGCGAUCAGUUCUUACCCAGGUUUUGACUAGCCAACAGUUCUACAAAGAUCUUAGCUCUGGUGUUGGAGAGAAUGCAUGUGCAAAGAAAAGUCAUGAAAAGUACCUCAUUGCUUUGAAAGGCUCUGGACUGGCGUUUCCUGAGGAUAAACUUGCAUGUGGUAUGCAGGAACAAGGAGCUGGAACUAGCACAUUAGCAGUUCAAGGUUUAGCAGGUGCUACGGCAACAGCAGGACAAGGGGAUUCUUCAGAUGAGGAGGACCAGGAUGGUAGCCAAGGUGUGGGCAAGCGCAAGAGGGUGAAACUAAGCAGCACCACCAAAGAUCAAUCUAUCAUGGAUGUUUUGAAGCAUAAAUGUUUUCUAGAAGAAUUAUUAUUUUGGACAAUAAAAUAUGAGUUUCCACAGAAGAUGGUGACUUUCUUACUCAACAUGCUGCCAGAUCAAGAUUAUAAGAUUGCUUUUACCAAAACUUUUGUUCAGCAUUAUGCUUUUAUUAUGAAAACACUGAAGAAAAGCCAUGAAUCAGACACAAUGUCUAAUAGAAUCGUGCAUAUCAGCGUUCAGUUGUUCAGCAAUGAAGAACUAGCACGCCAAGUAACAGAAGAAUGUCAGCUGCUGGAUAUUAUGGUCACUGUUCUGUUAUACAUGAUGGAAAGUUGCCUUAUUAAAAGUGAAUUGCAAGAUGAAGAAAAUAGUUUACAUGUUGUGGUGAAUUGUGGGGAAGCAUUAUUGAAGAAUAACACUUACUGGCCCCUGGUUAGUGAUUUUAUAAACAUACUUUCACACCAAAGUGUGGCAAAGAAAUUUUUGGAAGAUCAUGGUCUUUUGGUAACAUGGAUGAAUUUUGUAUCGUUCUUUCAAGGUAUGAAUUUAAAUAAACGAGAAUUAAACGAGCACGUGGAGUUUGAAUCACAGACAUACUAUGCUGCCUUUGCUGCUGAGCUGGAAGCCUGUGCUCAGCCAAUGUGGGGUCUUCUGUCCCACUGCAAAGUUAGGGAAACACAAGAAUACACAAGAAAUGUUGUCAGAUACUGCCUUGAAGCACUUCAGGACUGGUUUGAUGCUAUCAACUUUGUUGAUGAGCCAGCUCCUAACCAAGUUACUUUUCAUUUGCCACUGCACCGUUACUUUGCCAUGUUUUUAAGUAAGGCUGUCAAAUGCCAAGAACUAGAUCUGGAUACUAUCUUGCCAGAUCAGGAGAUGCUGAUGAAACUAAUGAUUCACCCACUUCAGAUUCAGGCAAGUCUUUCUGAAAUUCACAGCAACAUGUGGGUUAGAAAUGGUCUACAAAUUAAAGGGCAGGCCAUGACUUAUGUCCAGUCUCAUUUCUGCAAUUCAAUGAUUGAUCCUGACAUUUAUCUGCUUCAAGUCUGUGCCUCUAGGCUGGACCCAGAUUAUUUUAUUUCAUCUGUUUUUGAAAGAUUUAAGGUGGUAGAUCUGUUAACAAUGGCAUCACAGCAUCAAAAUACGGUUCUUGACUCAGAGCACGAAAGGUCCAUGUUGGAAGGAGCCUUAACGUUUUUGGUCCUUCUGUUAAGUCUUCGUUUACAUUUAGGAAUGACAGAUGAUGAGAUCCUCAGAGCAGAGAUGGUGGCCCAACUCUGUAUGAAUGACAGAACACACAGUUCAUUAUUGGAUCUCAUUCCAGAAAACCCCAAUCCUAAAAGUGGUAUUAUUCCAGGAAGCUUAAGCUUUGAAUCAGUCUUGUCAGCAGUUGCUGAUUUUAAAGCUCCUGUUUUUGAACCUGGAGGUUCCAUGCAACAAGGAAUGUAUACGCCUAAAGCUGAAGUUUGGGAUAAGGAAUUUGACCCUGUCAUGGUAAUACUUCGAACGGUUUACCGUAGAGAUGUGCAGUCUGCAAUGGACAGAUAUACAGCAUUUUUAAAGCAAAGUGGUAAAUUCCCUGGGAACCCAUGGCCUCCUUACAAGAAGAGAACACCACUACAUCCAAGUUACAAAGGUCUCAUAAAGCUUUUACACUGUAAAACCCUGCACAUUGUGCUGUUCACGCUUCUUUACAAGAUAUUAAUGGAUCAUCAGAAUUUAUCAGAACACGUGCUUUGCAUGGUUUUGUAUUUGAUUGAGCUGGGGUUGGAAAAUUCUCCAGAACAAGAGCCAGAUGAAGAGGAAUCUGUAGGUGGACAAGAGCGUUGCCAUGAUAGUUGGUUUCCAGGUAGUAACUUAGUUUCUAACAUGCGUCACUUCAUUAACUAUGUCCGAGUAAGAGUACCAGAAACUGCUCCAGAGGUGAAGAGGGAACCACCUGCAAGUACGAGUUCUGAUGGUUUAGCUUCAUCACAAAGUUCAAGGCGGAAGAGCCUCCAGCGAGAGAACUCUGGGACAGCUCAAGUGUUCAGUUUGGUUGCAGAACGUAGAAAGAAAUUUCAGGAGAUCAUCAAUCGGAACACCAGUGAGGCAACUCAGGUGGUUCGGCCCAAAACUUCAAUGAAAUGGUCAGCACCUGGUGCAACUCCACAGCUAACCACAGCCAUUCUGGAAGUCAAAGAAAGCAUACUGUCCUUGCUGAUUAAAUUGCAUCAUAAACUCUCAGGAAAACAAAACUCUUACUAUCCUCCGUGGUUGGAUGAUGUGGAUGUUUUAAUCCACCCAGAAGUUCCAAGGUACUCUCACGGUGAUGGAAUGACGGCAGUAGAAAGAAUUCUAUUGAAAGCUGCUGUACAGAGCAGAUUGAAUAAACGUAUAAUUGAAGAGAUAUGCAGAAAGGUAACACCUCCUGUACCGCCAAAAAAGAUUAGUUCUGCAGAGAAGAAAACUUUGGAUAAAGAAGAAAGACGACAGAAGGCCAGAGAACGGCAACAGAAAUUGUUGGCUGAAUUUGCCUCAAGGCAGAAGAGUUUCAUGGAAACUGCCAUGGAUGUUGAAUCACCAGAUGCUGAUACUGCCAUGGAGGUAGCCACAUCAGAACAGCAUGUUUCUGAGGCAAUAUAUGAUUGUGUUAUUUGUGGACAAAGUGGUCCUUCUACUGAAGACAGACCUACAGGGCUAGUUGUACUGUUACAAGCAUCCUCAGUGUUGGGACAAUGCCGCAAUAGCACUGAGCCAAAGAAACUACCAACUACUGAAGAGGAGCAAAUAUACCCUUGGGAUACCUGUGCAGCACUGCAUGAUGUGAGGCUUACAACUUUACAGCGAUACUUUAAAGAUAGUUCCUGCCUGCAAGCUGUGUCAAUAGGCUGGGAAGGAGGUGUUUAUGUACAAACUUGUGGUCACACUUUACACAUAGAUUGUCACAAAUCUUACAUGGAAUCUUUACGGAAUGACCAGGUCCUCCAGGGUUUUUCAGUGGACAAAGGAGAAUUUACCUGUCCCCUCUGUAGGCAGUUUGCUAACAGUGUUCUUCCUUGUUAUCCUGGAAACAACGUGGAAAGAAGCCUUUGGCAAAGUCAUAGUAACAAGUGUAUGCAAGAUCUUGUACAAGAGGUGGAAGAUCUUCAAGAACAGCUGGGAACUUUCCCAGUAAGCAUCAGUUCUGAAACCAAUCUCAGUAAAGAAAUGGAAUCUGUAAUGAAAGACAUAAAAAGUACCACACAAAAGAAGUAUACAGAUUAUAGUAAGAGUCCUGGAUCACCUGACAAUGAUUUUCUGUUUAUGUAUUCGGUAGCCAGAACGAACUUGGAACUUGAGCUGGUCCAUCGAGGGGGCAAUUUAUGUUCAGGAGGUGCAAGCACAGCUGGGAAAAGAUCAUGUUUAAAUCAGCUGUUCCAUGUGUUGGCCAUGCACAUGCGCCUCUACAGUAUAGACUCCGCAUACAAUCCCUGGAGAAAACUUACCCAGCCGAUACAAGAUAAAAAAUCAGAGCUGAUAAGUGAAGAGCUGCCAGAAGUUCCUGUGCUUUACAGAGAUGUCUCAUCCCUUUUGCUUAUCCAGAUUUUAACCAUGCCUCAACCAUUGCACAAAG